UUUGAAUUUGAAUGAAAGCAAAAGCUCUUAUGAUUCUCAUCACCUUUGCUCGAGCUUUUAAUGCUAUGAAUCGCCGGAUGAACCCUACUAGAUCGUCUUCCAAAUCCAUCUCCGCAGAAUCCCUAACUCUUCGUUCCAAUUCAGAAUCAGCCAAUGGAGCUUCCAGUCGAGUACCAUCUCUAAGGAGGAAAAGGCUAAAGCAGGAAGUUUUGGAGCCUGUGGCGAAAGAUUCAAGCAGUAGCCAUAAAGAGCUGUGUGGAGUAUUACCAGAUAUAGAAGAUCUUUCUUACAAGAAGACAAAUUUAUCUCCCAGCAGACCACCUGAGAACUGGGAAAAGGUGCUCGAGGGUAUUCGAAAAAUGAGAUCUCCAGAAGAAGCAACAGUUGAUCCUGUUAAUUGUGAUAGAACCGGAAGCUUUUUACCUCCCAAGGAAAGGAGAUUUUAUGUCCUCAUAGGAACACUUCUUUCAAGUCAGACUAAAGAUCACGUAACUGGUGCGGCAGUAGAACGUCUUCGUCUAAAUGGCCUUCUCACUCCUGAGGCCAUUGAUCAAGCUGAUGAAUCAACCAUAAGGGAAUUGAUUUACCCUGUCGGGUUCUAUACUAGAAAGGCAACUAAUGUGAAGAAAGUUGCGAAAAUCUGUCUCACGAAAUAUGACGGUGACAUUCCAAGGUCUUUGGAAGAGCUACUCUCGCUUCCAGGAGUCGGUCCUAAGAUUGCUCAUCUGGUUUUGCAUAUAGCAUGGAAUGAUGUUCAAGGGAUAUGUGUAGACACACAUGUGCAUCGCAUUUGCAAUAGGCUUGGUUGGGUGACUAAACCAGGAACGAAACAGAAAACGUCUUCCCCCGAGGAAACUAGAGUAGCUCUGCAACAGUGGCUUCCAAAAGAAGAAUGGGUCGCUAUUAACUUUCUUUUAGUAGGUUUCGGCCAAAAGAUAUGCACACCGCUAAGACCACGCUGCGGAGUGUGCAGUAUCAGUGAGCUUUGCCCUUCUGCCUUCAAAGAGACCCCAAGCAAAUCAUCCAAAUUGAAGAAAUCUAUCAAAAGCAAGAAACUUUAAAUUGCUUUUGUGGCUCUGGAGUCUCCUCCUUGAUCACUUUAAAACUACUUUGUGAUUAGUCCUCUGUAAAAGAUAAAUUGUAUAGCUUUAUGGAAAAUUGAAGAGCAAGAGCAUCCCUUUUGCAUUUAAAUUGUCUUAAAGGGAUUAUCAGAUACUUAAGAAGAGGCUGAGAUUGCUGAAGAUUGUAAAUCUGUGAUGCUAUAUUUAUAUUAUGAACAACUUAAUUAUUAUGAUGA